UUUCUCUUUCGCUAUUUGUCGUUUUCAUUUGUCGCUCCUUCGCCGUCUGUCUCAAUGCCUCCGGUGAUGAAAAGAGGAAGACACGGAAACUGGGCGGACCUUCCGCCGGAACUAAUGUCAUCGAUCUUGCUCCGUAUUGGCGCGAUCGACGUACUUGAAAACGCGCAGAGAGUGUGCAGAUCGUGGCGUCGCGUUUGCAAAGACCCCUCGAUGUGGAGUAAGAUUGAUAUGCGGAACGAUGGAGACUUGGAAGACAUGGACUAUGACCCCGAGAUCAUAUGUCGUCACGCAGUCGAUCGCAGCCAAGGCGGUUUGGUUGAGAUCGACAUUGGGUACUUUGGUACUGAUGACCUCCUCAACUACAUCGCUGUUAGGUCGACUAAAUCUGAGAAGCCUUAGGCUUUUGAUGUGUGAUACAUUAACAGACGAGGGGUUUAUGGAGGCAGUUGUGAAACUUCCAUUGCUUGAACACCUGGAAGUAUCAUAUUGCUCAUUGUCAGAAGAAGACUUUCUGAAAGCUGCAGGCCAGUCUUGUCCCAAUCUGAAGACACUGAAGCUAAACAGCGAACCUCAGUUCAAGCCUGAUGAUGACGAAGCUCUAGCAAUUGCAGAAACCAUGCCCGGACUUACGCCACCACCAGCUUUUUUGGGAACGGACUAACCAACAAGGGCCUCAACGCCAUUCUCGACGCUUGUCCUCACCUAGUACACCUUGAUAUACGCAAGUGUUUACGUGUUGACUUUGAUGGGGAUAUGGCGAAACGAUGUUUUGAGAGGGUCAAAGAAUUGAGACAGCCUUACGACCCAACAGAUGAUUACCCUUUUGAUGGUUUUGAGAGGACCAUAGAAGAAUAAGCUACAGAAGACGAAGAAGAAGAAGAAGAGGAGGAUUACUCAUAUGACAGCGAUGAGUAUGUCUAUGAUGUCGACAAUUGCUCUGACACGUAUGACUCGUGUGAUGACUAGACAUGGAUAGGAGGUCGGAUCGUUUUGAAGGAUUAAAUAAUGAUAGGUUGUAUUGACUAUAUCAGUAGCAAGCAGUGGUAAUGAAACUAGUUCAUGACCUCCUUUCGGUUAGUUGGUUGUUCCAGUGGACGUGUGUGUCCCUCUCCCUAUGCCUUACUCUAGCUUUUGAGCGUGUAGAUUCCUUGACGGAGUAAGAACAUAUUUAAGACAACACAUGUCGCAAACUCUUUUCCCCGAAAAUAUAUAUGAAUGGGAAUCAUGUGAUACAUCAUGCUGCAAAUUAUUAUUUUUUUUUUCUGAAAAUUUUAAGACAACACUUUUGCACUUGUGCCUUGUGGAUUGCGGUCUGAACGUACCAAUGUCGGUUACUUGUUUGGCAAGGAGGAAAAAAGUAAAAGGUAAUGGUCCAAACAAGGAUUCAGCCCAUGAGGUCCAUCGGCUGCUAGAAACGAAGGUAAACGCUAGCACUGUGUGUGAAACAUGAUCUAGCGCUCUUUCAUCCCCCGUCUAGAAGAGAUCAUACUCUAGCCUUCACAAGGAAGGCUCAGCUCUCGUGGCUUGGAACGGGAGUGUUUUGCUCCCGAUUCUCCUCUCAUCACUAUGACUGAACCAACGUCCCGUUACCUUUAAAGGCCUCCACUAGGAUUACAAGCUAACGUUACUAAGCUCGGCAAUUGAUUUAUUGUUUUCUUGUCUAUAUAUGUAGGUCUAAUACUUUUGUUUCUUCCAAUGUGGGAUUAUAUAUCUAGCUUAAGCCACAAUAUUUAGUUUUAGUUUUAACCAGUAGGUUCCGGUUCAAGCCCAUAAUAUUUUCGGACCGCGACCAGAACCCAAUUCAUGUCUUAAACUCGCCAAAAGUAUAAGAAAAGAAAAAAUUGAAUCAAUCCAGAUAAUUUUUAUUGCGCAUCCAGGGAAUCGAACCCUGGUCAGUACCGUGGGAGGGUACUAUGAUACCACUACACCAGAUGCGCUUUUGCUAUUAGCCACAUAUUUAUACUUUUAUUAAAUAGAAAAACGUAAAAAUGAAAAAUACAUUUCAUCUGGUUACAUAUUUUCUACAUUGCGUAUGACAAACAAGAAUCUACCAAUUCUCUACGAAUAAAAUUCAAAAUCUUCAAUUCCAGCUUUCUUAAACAUCCAUUAAAAAACAAUUAAGAAAUUGGACAGAGAUUAGGCCCAUAUUACUAACACACGUCCGCAUGUAGUAGUUUGUUAUAAAUUUAAAAGAUUGCUUAUCCCCGGGUUUCGAAACCGGGUUUGUAAUACGUAAUACAUAAAAUACAUUCUCUAUAUUUCUAAAUUUCUCCAUCGCGUAUCGGGUACAAAAUCCCCAAUUCACCUUCUCUAGGAUUCAAAUCCCUAAAACACGAUCUUCAUCUUCAGAAGAGGUUCAAAUCGAAUCUGAGAAGCCAUGGACAAAAGCAGCAGCAUCAACUCCACGGCCUCUACCGCCUCCAAUCUCAGCACGGCUUCCCUUGAGAAGCUAGAUCAGGCGGCGAGCUGGUUCGGCGCCACCGUCAUCUCCGCGUUCUUCGCCUCCCUCGAGCGCUGCUCCUGCGUGAACCUAUCUACCUUCGAUGAUGAUGACGACGAAGACGACAACGAGGAAUCCAACAGCCGUCCCCUUGCUCUCUCCGCCGCUCCUCAACCAGACGACAUCGUUUAGAUUCUCCGGUAAUCCCUCGGUUUUUAGGAAUUUAAUCAACGAUGUAAGACGUUCAGAAACUUUUGAUUGUAUAUGGCGGAUUUGAUAUCUAAUUUUUUUCCUUUUUCUCCGAAUGUUUAUGUGUAAACUGAUUAUGCUUGCCUCUGAACGGAUAUGGUUGGUCUUCGUUCAUGAUUUGUGAAGGUUUAUAUAUUUUAUAUAUGCUUGGUUUUGGAUU